GGCGGGCCGCAGAACGUGGAGAUGCACCCGGCGCGGCCGCCGGACUACCGCGAGGUGCGGGGCCGCGCGGGCGGCGGCCCCAUCCGCCAGGGCGGUCCCACGCGGCCGGGGCGCGUGGAGCGGCGCGUCGACACCUCGCCCUACAGCAGCAGCGCCUACCUCUCGCCGCCGCCCGACAGCAGCUGGCGCCGCACCAACUCGGACUCGGCGCUGCACCAGAGCGCCAUGAACACGGGCGUGGAGGGCGCGCUGCGCUCCGCGGGCUCGCAGCGAGGGGUUGCAGAUAGUCAGGUGUUUGGGUUUGUUGUAGCUGACUCUCCUGAUAGCGGUAGGAAAUACUUGCCUACUGCAGAUGGACGCCCACGUUCAAGUUGUGAAGUACCUCGAGUGCCAGGAAUAAAUAUUUAUCCAUCUCAGCAAGAACCUGGUACCAUUCAAAUUCCAAUUGGGAACAACACUGGAUCGCUGCCUGAUCUAACAAAUUUCCAUUCCCAUUUCCCAUCUCCCUUGUCAAAUCCUUUAGAUCAUGAAGACCCAAACAGUUCCCCAUACAGCACAUCCCCCCAGGGAACGAGCCCAUCCACGCUCUCCCCAACCAGUCUGUCUUCCCGGCCUGCGGGCAGGUUCUCAUUUGGUGGGGGAGGGGGAGGAGGCGGGGGUGGGUCUCCGCAAGAAUCUCAAGGAACCAGCCCAGGCCAUUCUCCUGGUACACGACGGCGCCCCUACCCACAAGCCCAUCUGCAGAACCUGGUGCUCCCAGCAGGGACCCAGCCCACAGCUUGUGUAGUUGAAGUAUUUUGUUUUGGUCUCACCUUUGUUCCAGAAUCAUCUUUCAGUGCCAUCUCUUGUGAACACAAGGUAUCUCCAUCAAUCGAAGUCCUGCACUUUUCCUUGAAUAGAGCCACAAAUUUGAUGUUUCAGCAACAUUUGAAUUCCUUGAAUACGUAUCGCAGCCCGCCGCCCCUCAGUAGGCCUAGCCCCCAGACUUCCCCUGGCUUAACUGUGCAGGCCAGCUCUUUGGUGUAUCGUAGUGGUAGUCCUGGAGAAACAAGCCAUAGUGGCCCUCAGAGCCCUGUCUCCCCUGCCAGUCCACCCGGAGCAGGCCUCGGUUCAAGCAGCCCAUUCUUGGAACACAGCAACUAUGGGCUGAGUCCUGCGCAAGCACUGGCUUUACAACAGGGUUUUGAGCAGUUCAGCAUGGGUGAUGAUCCAGUAACAAGUAUCGAUUACAUGAUGCCUCAAAAUAACGGAAAUCAGUACUCUCAGGCAAUUACUCAUAAUCCAGAUGAUGGACUUGUUCAAGUGGCAGCACAGGAUUUACAAACAGAUUCUGUGUACUACAGCCAGUCUUCUCAACUGCCAUACAACCGUCCAUUGACAAUGAACCCUAGUGGAGGCAGUACUCAACAAACAACUCCUCAAACGCCCAAUACACCUUCCAGUAUUCCAGAUAUCAUUCUCACCGAUUUCUCAUCUAACUCGGGUGAUGGACUUGUUAAAGAACUUGGAUCAGCCAUCUCAGGAACAUUUGAUCCUGACCUAUUUCCUUCGGAUGAAACAUUGCGUGAGGGACUAGGCUCCAUUGACCUUGAAGGAUUACAGAUGCUCACUGAUCCACUUAAUGUUAUUACAGACCCAACUACAGAAGACAACUUCCGAAUGGAUCGUAUGGAUCGAUUGUAGUAGUGGGAAUGUGAUAGUGGAGGUGUGUGCUCGAUUAGGGAAAUGUGACCAUUUGUGUGCUGUUUUGUGUAAGAGUUUAACAGACCUGUGUUGACAUACACAGGACAGCAGACCAAAUGCAGGAGACCAUUGGUGCUGCUAAUUUUACAUUGUUGAAAGCUUUCAUAUAAAUUGAAAUCCAAAUUUAUCUCAAUGAGAUUAACAUUCCUUGAAUUUACAUGCUGUUGUCAUUUCUCCUUCACCGGCUGUUGUGCUAUCAACUGGGUAAAAACUUUCUUGGAAGGCUGUUGUGUGUAAAUUGGUAUCAUGAUUUCUCUCAUGUUUGCAAAACAUGUACUUUUUUUAUAUAGAUAUAUAUAUAUAUGAAUUUCGUAAUGGAUGAAAUGAAUUACUUUAAGGAGUGUUGUAGACAUGAUGUUAGAUGGAGAAAACAAAAUCUUUGUUUGGUAAGUGCCAAACUUAUCUGGUCAGUCCAGAUGUGUGCAGUGCAAAUGUAUACAUGAUCAGAAGACUGCUUGGUUUAAACUGCAGUUUUGUCUGCAGGGUGAUUCACCCAAUGUAUAGCAUGUUGCCAAAUGUACCUAAACUCCAAUGCAAUUAAAAAGUGAGACUUAUCUUGCACUCAGUACUGGUAAGCAUGCUCUAAAUCAUGCCCUUCAUUUAGGUUAAGUUGGUAUUGUUAUGAAACCAAGACAGCAGCGUGCUAUCGCUCAAAUUUAAAACUUGUGUUAAUGCAUGAGUUGCGUGAUUUUUUUCUGUACAAAGUAGGCAAUUGCUUGCAGCCCACUUUUCAUUUGUAAAUAUUUUUAAUACCAUGAUCUGAAAUGUGUCGCUUGCUGCUUGCAUUGUUUUUAGACAAAGUGGGAUAAUUUUGUUUUAUAAGAUUCUACAAAGAUACAAAAAUUUUAAAUAUAUUUUAGUUUAAUUUUUGGAGCUGAGGUUGGCCUUGUUACUUCUGUGAAGAAAGUCAAAAGGAGGAAUUGAGGAUGAUCUUUCUUUGUGUCAAGUACUUACUGAUUUCUGCCGUGCCUUCCCUUCCAAGCACAUGCUUCUCAAUUUUUAAAAUAUUUUGCCCCUCCAUCUUGCUUAGUAGUUCAUGUGUAUACUCAUUUUGGGAAAUAUUAAUUCACACAUGUGUAAUGUCAUUGCUUUAACUUAUUCUACAGUUACAUAGUUUCAUUGCCUUUGUUUGGUUCAGCUUAUUUACCCCUUUUUCUUUUAAAUUCCAAAUAUGAAUUUUCCAAUCUAAAUGCAAAUGGUUAUAGUCUGAUGUCAGCUCUCAAGCUGAAUGUACAAUGGUUUGCGGGUUGACUUUCAGCUUCUGUGAUUUGAUGACUGCUGCUGUCGUGGAAAUGAACUGGUCAUCACUUAGCGCACAGGUGACUGAAAGCAAAUGGUGUAAAAGACAUGUAAUUGAAUAUUGAUAGGUACUUAGUCAUUCUCUCCUUUUUACAUGUUCUUGGUCGUAAUUUUAUACCAUUUUAUCCUUGUACAUUCUAUUGUUGAAAUUGUUUUAAUUUUUCAUCUUGUCAUUGGAACCAUUGUGUGUGGUCAAUUUGGCUUCUUCUGCAAUGCUUUGUGGAAGUUUAGGAUAAACUUUUAAAGAUGAAUUAUUUUCUUUUCAUUGUUCGUUUUAAAUUACAAUAGGCCCACAGCUCAUAAAUAAUAAUGUGGGGAAACUUUGGCCAAGUGUAGUUUAUCCUACAUAUUUACGGGCUAUUUGAUCUUUUCUUACAAGAAACUCUCAAGUAGAAUUGUUUGGAACGUUAUAGCUUUUCUCAUAUGCACACUUUUUCAUAAAUUCGAUGAAUGUUUUUAAUUGUCUAAAUUCAUAAUGCAUUGAAUUUCCCAAAAGUAAUGUGCAAUAGGGUAUAGUCACAUACAUAAAAGAACGCACAAUUUUAACUACUUUAUAUCUGUUACAUAAAUUAUUUAAUGUAAAAUAUGAUAUUGCAUAGGUCUCAUGGUAUAACCUGUUAGAAAAUGAGUACAUGUGAAAAUAGCAUGUGAAGAAAGAACUGUUCCAACUAAUAGUUUUUUGAUAUUUAGCAGAAUUGAGAGCAUAAACAUAAUUGUUUGUUCUUAUGUUUCUCCCGCAGCGUGUGCUACUCUUUAUAUACAAACUAAUAAAUCAAGAAUUAGCAUGGAUUUAUAAUUGUAAAAAUAGAGAAUUUUAUAUUGUUGUUACAUUGUUGACUACAAACCAAAUGGUUGCUAUUUAAGUUGACUGGAAAUUAUAAUUUAUUUCUUGUUUAUCUUACAAAUUAUAGUAGAUUAAAUAUAUAUAAUAUAUUAAAGAGAUUCUGAAUUCGGCAUUACGAGCUGUGGUAUGUUGGACCAUGGGCAGUGUCUCUGCUUACUUCCUAUUGUCUUCAGCUUACUCCUUGAUGGAAAUAACACCAGUGGAUUCUUUAGAUUGUUACUUUUGCUGUUUAGUAUAUGCAUACAAGAUGAGAAGACUUUAGAAUGUGAUACAGGAAAAUAUUAUCACAGGUAUAUUUUAAUAAAUACUCUAUGACUUUUUCUAGAGUUUCCUGUAAUUUAAAGAAGGAUCAGAUCAAGUUACUGAACCAUUGCUAUCCAAAACACAUUUUAGGAUAUAAUUAUGCUGGUAUAUCAAAUUAAGCAAAAUAAAAAUGAAAUGUUGCUGCUACUUAGUGUCAUAUUAUGUACCAUGAAAACUUCCUAUUUAAAAAACAUAGGGACCAAUAAUUAAUUAAAUAAUAUCCACAAUGUAUAGAACAGUAAUUCUGUCCUUGUUACAAGGCUGUAAUCCUUGUUAAUUUAGAUUGCAAUUAUACAUUUUUUAAUGAAAUGGAAUAAAGCAUUUAUACAUUUCAAUAUAAUUCCCAAACUUGCUUUAUAUUGAUUAAUAACUUUCUGGUUAGAUUAAUUUACUUAAAGAACACUGAUUUUGAUAACAUCUUCAUUACAUUGUAAUCAGAUAAUUGUGUAUUUAUUGAUUAUAAAAUGUGGUUGUUGCAGCAAUGUUAUAAAUACAAGGAUAGAAAUUAUGUUUCCUCAAAUAACUUAAUUGAGAAAUCAAAAUGUGAAGUGAAGUCAAAUAUUGUACAUGACAUGCUACUGCUAAAAAUAUAAAAGUAUAGAAACACCAAAAUUCUUUUACAAUAAAGCAUUGUGAAACAGGAUUUUGUUGUAGUGUAUACAUGCUCCUAUGUAAAACUAUUCUUGGUCAAUUUUUGUGUAGAGAAUAAGUGAAAGAUAUAGACAACUGUAAACUAUACAGAAUGUAGGAGUAUGUAUUGGUUUAAAUGUCAGCAUGUUUAUAAUAGGCGUUUUAAAAGCAAAUGUUGAUAUUUUUAACCUACGACUAGCUUCAAUUGGCUUAAGCCUUGAUAUUAGUUGCUGGUAGCAGAAAAUUAAGCCAGUUCAUGUAUCCUAGAUUGUGCAAACUUUGUAUGGCAAUGGAAUCGUGUGAGUAAUGAACAUUUGUGUCUUUAUGCUUUUUUAUUGUCUGGUCAUUUGGAGUGAUGUCCUGUUUACGAGAAAAGUUAACAUUUCUCUGAAGUGAAUUUUACUGUUCCUUGUCUUGAUCUUUACAACACCAAAGCGGUCUAGUAAUAUUAAUGUUAGUGUAAUCUCUUACUAGAAACUGCCUGUUCUUUGCUGUCUAAACUGAUACUCCUCAGGGGACCUUCACUUGUGGCAUCCGAUCAAUUUUUAAAUAAACUAAUGCAAUACUUAUUCUUUCUGUGAUUGAUGUCUAUUAAAGUUCUAAAGGAAAAGUGCUCCCUAUACUCUUGGGUCUUUUUAAGUGCCGUUUUGCAAUUCAUGCAUUCCAUGCCUUGUUGCAUUAUAAUGGCAGCACCUUGGUUUCUUUAAGUUGUGUAAUUGCGAGUGUUUUGUUUUAAGCCAUGAAGGGCUAUAUAGCCCUUUUUCAUUUUCUUCCAAAACUAGUACAUUAGAAUACCAUUUGAACUUGCUCUCUGUACAAUUUCUGUUUCAUUUCAUCUGGUUGCAGUACCUACUCGUUGGUUUAAAAGUUUGUCUUGGGUUGAAGGAGCCAUAUUGCAUUUUGUGGUUAAUUCACUUGUUGCACUACUUGCAUAAGUUUGGAACCCUGCAAAACUUGGUUGUGUGUUAACAAUAUGUAUCAUCAUUGUUAAAAAGUCUGUGGUAAUUUUUUGUAAACUCAUUGGAUUGCUGGAUAUUUCUAUCAGAUGGUUUAUGACAGUUUUAUUGUUUUGUUUUUGUCUCAUCAGUGGAAUGUUAAAUGGAAAUGGCUAGUACUUCGAUUUCAGGUUAUUGGAUUGUAAAUUUCAGUGAGAUUUAAUAUUUCCAUAUUGCAGUGAAUGUUGAAUACAUGUGCUCCUUAGUGUUACUGCAUUUAAACUCAUGUUUUCACAUUUGUGAAAGUACAAUUUUGACCUGAAUUUGAACUAUUUGUAAUAGAUUCCCCAUAUUAGACACAGCACAAGUACAAAUUCUGUAGCACAAUUUUUUCAUAAUAUGUACAAAUGUACAGACCUUAACUUUUCAAAAUAUUCCAUACUGCUUUAGUAGUGAUUUUGAGUGUGGAAACAUGAGUACAGUUAUCAUAACAUCUGAAACUAGCUGAAAUGUGUUAUCAUUUGGAGACAGUAAAUAUAGAAGUGCUUUAAACGGAUGUAUGAAUGUUAUAAAAUAAACGUAUUUGAUUGGUUUUAGAAUAGUGUGAAUGAAAGUGUGCAAUUGUAAACUAAGACGUUACUCCUAGUUCUUAAAGACACCCAUACUAUUCUAUUGUAUAUAUUAGUUAUUAAACAUAUUUUGGUUGUACAAUUUUUAUAUAACUAUGAAUAUACAUAUACAUAUUGAAUUUAUGAAUUUUAAUUGGACAUGUUAUAGCAUGAGCUGUAAAAUGGUUGUUUUUUAUUUUAUUUUAUUUUUGUCUUAGUCAUGUAAUUUACUUUUUCAGAGGGCUUGUGCAACCAUGUAAGGAUCUAUUUCUAAGGUUAAGAUUCGCUGCACUUCUUAUUGAAGCAUAAUAUUAGGAUGAUGAAUUGAAAUCCUGUUUAUAAAUUUCAUUUUAUAUUGAAAUAUAUAGACAUUUGUUUCUAUACUGUAUUUCAGUCAGUACAAAUUGUUUGAAGAGAUGUCUUAAGUUUGAGAGAAAAAUCUAUUAUUCUGCCUUGGAUCUUUCACAUGCAGUUUGUUUUUCUGGAUAUUGAUACCAACAUCAUUCAUGUGCUCCUACUUUUUCCCUGCUUGCAAGCUGACCAAGGAUUUAUAUUGUCUUAGGACUGUUUAUAGUAUGUUAUUGUGUGUAGAAUUUUUUCAUGGAGAUUUCUGCCAAAGUCAUGAAAUUUAAUGUAUCGUUUGUACUCUGUGAGCACAUGCCUAUUCUUUUUGGCACAAUUUAACAGUAUAUAUCCUUGGUCACAGAUAUCAGAAUUUAUUUAUUGUUUUUGAAAUAAAGGUUAUUUAAAUUGAGUUGUAUGGUAACUUGUUCUUUGUGAUUUUUGUUUGUGUGUGUGUGUGUGUACAUGAAAUGUGUUUUGUCUUAAGUACCAAAAAUAUGAAAAUGUUAACUUUAUCACUAAUUCAAAUUUCAUUCCAGAACUCUUAGAUCAGUUCCAAAGAAUGUCAGAAUAUGAUAGCCUAAGAUAUGGCUGUAAUUCUGGCUUGGGGCAGCACGUAGUUCAUAAAUUAAUUCAAUUGAGAAGUACAUUGCUCAAGUAAGGGACCCUGAAUGAUGAUCCCCACUGCUCACAGUGAUGUAAAGUUAAUAGUUAAAAAGAUUUCAAAGAUAUGGUUAAAAAUUCUAUAACAAAUUAUGUAUCAUCCAAAGAUUAAACUUUUUUUUUUAUUAAUGAAAUUUGUAAUUCAAAAUUAAAUAUUUAAUUAAUUCUAUGUUGUUUUCCUCCAAAUUAUAAGUAGCUUUUGUGUAAUUUUCUGUGAAAUCAGAACAGUUGAAAAAAACAA